GCGCGGGCGGAACGGAGGCGCCGAGCUGGGCAGCACCGCGGACAGCGCCCGGGCCCGGUCUCUCGCGCGCGCUGACACCCUCGCACUCACCCCGACACUCGCGCUCCGCGGCACGAUGGCCGAGUCCCACCUGCAGUCACCCCUCAUCACUGCCUCACAGUUUUUCGAGAUCUGGCUGCAUUUCGAUGCUGACGGAAGUGGGUACCUGGAAGGAAAGGAGCUGCAGAAUUUGAUCCAAGAGCUCCAGCAGGCACGGAAGAAGGCCGGACUGGAGUUAUCACCUGAGAUGAAAACUUUUGUGGAUCAGUAUGGGCAGAGAGAUGAUGGAAAAAUAGGAAUUGUAGAGUUGGCCCAUGUCUUGCCCACAGAGGAGAACUUCCUGCUGCUGUUUCGAUGCCAGCAGCUGAAGUCCUGUGAGGAGUUCAUGAAGACAUGGAGAAAGUAUGAUACUGAUCACAGUGGCUUCAUAGAAACCGAGGAGCUUAAGAACUUUCUGAAGGACCUGCUGGAAAAAGCAAACAAGACUGUGGAUGAUACAAAACUGGCUGAAUAUACAGACCUAAUGCUGAAAUUAUUUGAUUCAAAUAAUGAUGGGAAGCUGGAAUUAACUGAGAUGGCCAGGUUACUACCAGUGCAGGAGAAUUUUCUUCUUAAAUUUCAGGGAGUCAAAAUGUGCGGGAAAGAAUUCAAUAAAGCUUUUGAGUUAUAUGAUCAGGAUGGCAACGGAUACAUAGAUGAACAUGAACUCGAUGCUUUACUGAAGGAUCUGUGUGAGAAGAAUAAACAGGAUCUGGAUAUAAACAACAUCCCCACGUACAAGAAGAGCAUCAUGGCCUUGUCAGAUGGGGGCAAGCUGUACCGGACAGACCUCGCACUCAUUCUCUGUGCUGGGGACAAUUAGAGUUGGUGACCAUGGCCACUCACUGCGAUACACUGUAUCUAAAAAGUAACUGCACUAUAAGGGAGUAGGCUGUAUUUUCUUUUAUAUCUGCAAAUUUAAUUGUGUAUAGAUAACUGUCCAGGGUGUGUGGCACAAUCUUUUCAGCUUGUUUCUAUACUGUUCGUAAUGUACAGCUUUUGUAACCACAUGACUGAAAAGGAGAUUGUCUAUGCUUAGGCCAGUCAAUACACCCAAUUAAAAAAAAUAACCUAACAUAUUCUUGCUUUCAUAAAUAUAGCUGGACAAGAUUUCCCUAAAAAUUGUACCAGAAUUAACAUCUAAAAUUCUAGUCUCUGAUGUAUAAAUGCACAUUUUUCACUGAAGCAUUAUUUCAGACAAUCAUAGGUCUGUUCCACAAAAUAGUUCUAAGCUCUAUUUCCAAUUAUUAGGAGGAAAUGUGCUUUUGCAUCAAAAAUACCAAAUGUCAACCAAUAGUUAAUUGUGGCUCUCUGAGGUUCACAGUCUCACCAGACAAGAUUUAGUUAAUCAAUCAACAACACGUCUCAUGCUUGAAUCCACACCCAUCUACUGGUUCAAGCUGAUUUGACAAAGAAAGACAGUGCCAGAGGACGCAUAAACCUGUCUGAUUCUACGUCUGUAUUUCCAACAAGCCCACUGUCAGAGUAUAACCUUAACCCAUUUUCGAAACUGUUUUCAUGUGUUGCAAAUUAUAGUUACUCUAGUACACUGCUGUUUUUAUGUCUUAUUCUGUGUAAUCUGAUUAAAUUAUAUAGACCAAGUUUCCUGGUGUCUAGUUUGCAUACUUCUUGUAUUUUCUUUCUAUGUGGAAUUGGCUCAUUUCCACUGAGAGUAUCUGCUGCCUGUGAAAAUAUUUUUUUCUAGCUAUAACUCUAUUUUUUACUACAUAACUGAAUUUUAAUGUAAAAUUCAUAGCCCCCUGACUGUUGAAUGUUGUACUACCAAUAAUUUUGUGUAUUCUGUGAAUUCUAUAUUUCAUAUUGAGAUCAGCACUCAAAAUAGUUCUAUUUCUAUCUGCAAAUAGUUUCAAAUGAGUUAAAAAUAACAUCUGAAGAGAAAUGCUAUGGUAAUCAUUUACCGUAUUUAUCAAGGGAGAUUCUCAAACAUUCUUUUGACCCCCACUUAUGUCACAGUUUCAUCUAUUUGUAGCUAGACCAUCCCAUUCAGGUUACAGUGGUUGGUGAUUUCUGUUCUGAUUGUGAAGAAGGAAGCUAUGAGAGAUGUGUCUAUGUGGAACUUAUGGUAACCGCCAAAGGGCUACUGGUUCUACAUCAAUUUGAACGUCGCCAUUCUACCAGUUCAGGACUGAUUUUCUCAGUUCAUAGAAAUGACAAUAAAAAAGUGAGGUAUCUCUUUCCCCCAAGAAUGAUCAGAAAAGAGAUAUGGCGCAAUAAUGUUUAUGAAAUGAUGUGAGUGUGGUAGACUGGCAUUGCUUCUCCUAUGUGAAUGGAAGCAGUGACUCAGGCUGAUCGAACUACUAAGAAUAAAGAACAUUACUCUAA